AUGCUAAAUAGAAGAAUAUGGUAUUUAGGAAAUGAUAAAUUAAAGAGAGUUUUUCAAAAUGAUCAGAAAAUUGAGAAUAAUAUUUUUGGAAUACAAUGGUACAACUUUAGUGGAAUAAUUGGAAAAUAUAAUAAACGAGAUAAAAAAAAAUUUAUUAUAUCUUUAAAUAAAAAAAAAAAAAAUUCGAACGAUUUUGUAGAGGGAAAAUAUCAAGAAGAAAAUAUAAAAAAAAGGAAGCAAAGUUUUGAAAAAAAUAUAUAUUUGAAUAAAAUAAAUUUUAAAGAUAAAGAAAAAGUAAAAUUUUAUGACAAGACAGAAAUUAUUGAAACAAAUAAUAUAAAAAAUGAUUAUAUAAGAGAAAUAUUAAAUAAAAAUAAUAUAUUCUAUAUAUAUACAUAUCAAUAUUUAUUAAUUGAAUUUUUUAAGUAUAAUAAUAUUUUUGUUAAUAUAUUAUAUUCCGAUUCAAUGUUAUCAUAUAUUCUUUAUUCCUUUUAUAAAAUAUGUGCUGAUAAAUCUGUUAAGGUUAAUUCGAUUUAUCCCAAUAUUAAUACAAGUGUUAAAGGGGAAGUUGGUAAAAUAGACAAAAGGAAAAUGGGGAUAGAAGAAAAUGUAAAUAAAAGUAAAUAUUCAAAUAGUAUAGAAAUUCAAAAAAAAUAUUUGAAUAAAAAUAUGGAUGAUAAUAUCAAACAGACUAAUAAAGGUGAUAAUAAAGGUGAUACGAAGUGUGAUAAUAAAGGCGAUAAUAAAGGCGAUAAUAAAGGCGAUAAUAAAGGCGAUAAUAAAUGUGAUAAUAAAGGCGAUAAUAAAGGCGAUAAUAAAGGCGAUAAUAAAGGCGAUAAUAAAGGCGAUAAUAAAGGCGAUAAUAAAGGCGAUACGAAGUGUGACAAAAUAGAUAAAGAAAAUAAAGUUCUUUUGGUAGGAUGCUCAGAAAACAAAAUAUCUGAAAUGUAUGAAACCAUAAUGAAUUUUAAAAAUGUAAAUAUAUUAACAUAUAUAAUUUCAAAUGAAGAAAGUAUUAGUAAUAUGUCAAAUAAUAUUUUUUUAUAUAAUAUGGUUUUAAUAAAUUUAGAAAAUUUUAAAGAUGAUUAUGAUUUAAGCAUAUUAAUAGAAUAUGUUAAUUUUAUAGUUAUAGAUGAUAUAUAUGAAAUUUAUAAAAAUAAAAAAUCAAAUUUAUUAAAAAAUAUUUUAAAAAUUUACAAAAAAAAUCAUGAAAAUGAUAAAUCUUAUAAAAAUUUACAAAUCAUGUUAUUGAACAAAGCUCAUGAUGAAUGGGUAAUAAAAGAAAUAAAACAUUAUUUAAAAAACAUAAAAUAUGGAAUAAAUUAUGAAACACAAUCAUUAAUUGAAUAUUCAUUUAUUAAUAAUAUAAGUCAAGAUCAAACAAAUCACAAAAAACAAGAUAUACCAAUUAAUGAAAUAAAUCGAUUUCAUUAUUUUAAUUUAAAUAGUUAUAAAAAAAAUAAUUGCACACACAUGAGUGUAAAUAUACCUUAUAAUGAUGAUAAAAAAUUUUUAGUUUUAUUUUAUAUGUUAAAUAUAAAUAAAGAUAAAAAAAUUGUAAUAUAUUAUAACAAAAACGACAUAUACUCUUUUUAUAGUUAUAUUAAUUCUUAUAUGCCCUGUAUAUUUAUAUCUAAUACAUAUAAAAAUAAUUUAAAAAAUAAUAUUAUUAGCAAUUUUAAUAAAAAUAAUAAUUAUAUUUUAAUUACUGAUGAUCGAAAUAUUAAAAAAUUUAAUCAGAUUAAUGCUAAUCUUUUUAUACAUUAUAAUUUUCCAGAAAAUAUCAGCUCUUAUAUAGAUUUAUUAAUUGACGGGUUUGUAAAAAAAAAUAAAAAUAAAGAUGAAGCAACUAGAAAGGACCGCGCUUAUAUUAAUGAUGCUAACGAAAUAUGUCGAAACGGAAACAUUUCUGGAAAUUAUGGCAGGGCAAAUGGCAGUGUAAAUAAUGGCAGUGUAAAUAAUGACAGUGCAAAUAAUGACAGUGCAAAUAAUGACAGUGCAAAUAAAUUUUGUAAUGCUUUAGAAAAAGAGGUCUCAGCCUUUACCACCGAAAAGAUAUAUUCCAUUUUAUUUUAUAACAAAAAAAAAGAUCAUAAAGAAUAUAAAAUAUUAGAUAAUGUUUUUAAUUUUACAAAUUAUGAGUUACCCUCAAUGAGAAAUAUAAAAAAUAAUUUCUUAAAUUUUUUGAUCUAUGAAAUUACAAGUGCUAAUAUAGAAAGUGAUAAACAUUUAGAGGAAGCAAAACAUAUUUAUGAAAAAUAUGGACAUAAUUUUAUAUCUGCUUCGUUACAUUAUAUUAUGGAAAAAAAGUUAUAUAAAAAAAGUUUUAAAAAUAAAGAAUAUACAAAUAUAACAUUUAUUGUUGAAAGAAAUGUAUUUUUAAAUACAAAAAAUAAAUUGAUCGAUUUUUUAAAUAAUUUAUUAAAUUUUAAUAAAAAUAUUGGUGAUAUUAAAUUUUUUAUUCAAAAUUAUUUAUAUAGUAAAAGAGGAUAUAUUAUGUCCCUUCCUGAGAGUAUAUAUAAUAUAAUACAUAAAAAUAAAAAUGACAUAAAAAAUAUAGACAAAUAUAAUAAUAUACAUAUGUACAUUUUGUAUAAUAAUUAUCAAAAGCAUUUGAGAACUGGAUCUAUAGUAAGGGGGAAAUAUCAAUCAAAAAAAUCAAUCAGACGAUUGAAAAAAAGAAUGAAUAUAAAACAGGAACAUGCUGAAAUUAACAAAAUGAAGAAUAAACUAUUUUCAACAAUUAAGUUGAAUAAAAGAAAUGUAAACCCUUGA